GACACCAGCCAGACCAAAAACAACAUUCCGAUUAUCACUUCACUGCUCCGACGAUAAAGAUGCCGAUCAGAAACAUUGCCGUUGGCCGGCCCGAAGAGGCUACUCACCCCGAUGCUCUCAAGGCAGCUUUGGCUGAGUUCAUCUCAACCUUGAUCUUCGUUUUCGCUGGAUCGGGCUCCGGUAUGGCCUUUAACAAGCUGACUGACAACGGAGCAACCACUCCCGCCGGUCUCAUUGCCGCCUCUCUAGCUCACGGUUUCGCCCUCUUCGUUGCCGUCUCCGUUGGCGCCAACAUCUCAGGUGGACACGUCAACCCGGCUGUCACCUUCGGUGCUUUCGUUGGCGGGAACAUCACUCUCUUGCGUGGCAUCCUUUACUGGAUCGCCCAACUUCUCGGCUCCACCGUCGCUUGCCUCUUACUUAAGUUCGCCACCGGCGACCUGGGUGUACCAACUUUCGGGUUGUCGUCCGGUGUGGGAGUGUCCAACGCUUUGGUAUUCGAGAUCGUGAUGACAUUCGGAUUAGUGUACACAGUUUACGCCACGGCCGUCGAUCCUAAAAGGGGAAGCUUGGGAACAAUCGCCCCAUUGGCAAUCGGUCUGAUCGUUGGAGCCAACAUUUUGGCCGGUGGAGCCUUCGACGGAGCCUCAAUGAACCCAGCAGUUUCAUUCGGACCCGCCUUGGUUAGCUGGUCCUGGGCCAACCAUUGGGUCUACUGGGUGGGACCCCUUGUUGGGGGUGGACUCGCCGGACUCGUCUACGAGUUCGCCUUCAUCAGCAACACCCACGAGCAGCUCCCCACCACCGAUUAUUAAACCUAGCGGCGGUUUAAUUCAUUGUCUGUCAUUUUGAAAAACGGAUUUUCCCAUUUUGUUUAGUUUCCUUUCCCUUG